CCCUAAAUUAAACAAAAAAAAAAGAUGGAAGCAUUGUUUGUUAAAGCAUCUGCUAUGCUUGGUGAUAAAGUAGCUCCAGACCAUAUCAAACUUGCAUUCUCUAUUUUAUCAACCUAUCCUUGUGCGCUCCUCUUUAAACGUAUUGAACAAAAGUGGAUAAAGCAUGUCUUCUCCAUCAUCUACUCUUCUGUCGUCAUGUUGUCUGUACUUAAACUCUAUGAUGGGUUUAUCCAUAUCACCACCAUUGGCCUCUUGUCUUUUUGGCUCAUGAAGUAUUACAAGGGACAAUAUGCUGCUUGGAUCAACUUUACAUUUGUCAUGAUAAGCAUGUCCAUCUGUCAUAUCGGUCGUCAAUUCAAAGGAUUUGAAGGUGAUACCGAGCUAGAUUAUUCAGGGGCUCUCAUGAUCAUCACGAUAAAACUAUCUUCCUACGGGUUUAACGUCGCGGAUGGGCGCAUGACGGAAUGGACAGCCCAUAACGAACAAAUGAAAAUUGCAGAAUAUCCCACAUUGACACAAUAUUUCGGCUGGUUGUUCUAUUUUGCUGGAUUCUUAACAGGUCCUACCUGUGAAUACAUGGACUAUCUCCGUUUCGUCGAAUCAAAGAGAACAUCCCCUUUAAAUGAAACAGGUCCUGCAUGUCAGAGGCUCGUCAAAAGCUGCUUUUUUAUCGCCGCAUUAAUCUAUUUGGCUCCUACUUUUAAUUAUUUUGAAGCACUCAAGCCUGAAUGGUCCUCUCAUUCCUUUUUGUACAAAAUGUUCUUUAUACAGCUAUCAGCUAUCUUGACGCGCUGUAAAUAUUACAGCGUCUGGUACUUGGCCGAAGGAGCUUGUAUCCUAUCUGGGUUUGGAUUUAAUGGCUAUGAUAGGGAUGGUCAUCCCCUAUGGAACAAGUUGACCAAUGUCAAUGUGUUAUCGUGUGAAUUCGCCCAAUCCUACAAAAUGCUGACAGAGAAUUGGAACAUUGGAGCCAAUCAUUGGCUUCGACAUUACGUCUAUCUAAGAUUUAAUCCACCCGGUACACUAAGCACCACCUUGAAAACCUAUAUUGUUUCCUCCUUAUGGCACGGGUUUCAUCCGGGUUUCUACCUGUUCUUUUUGAUUUCAUCCAGUCUUCAAGUCCUAUCAAGGCAGAUCCGACGCACAGUUCGCCCCUUGUUUCUAACAGUGGAAGGCAAGCCAAUACCCUACCUAAAGACGUGUUAUGAUGUGAGUACUUGUAUCGCAUCCAUGGGGUUACUCAACAUGCUUGUCCCCUGCUUUGAUUUACUCCAUGUUUCUAAAAUCAUGCAUGUCUGGCGUGAAAUUUACUAUUGUCAUUUUGUGAUCAUCGCUAUCGGUACUGCGGUUUAUUUUACAGUUAAACCGAGCUUGAUCUCUAUGGAAAAGAAGAGAACGAGAGCGCAUGGAGCACAAAUGAUUGAUACAUUACGUAUUAAACAAAAGGGCGAUUAAGGAGGGCAAUUUUUCAUUUUAUUUUACAACUUAGUCUCGUUUACUUUUAAUCAUGAUGAGUGAUAAAAAUGUGAAAACAAUAGUAAAUAAUAAAAUAGCAAUCAGUAAAGGUAUCUUGACUGCAUACUUCCAUGCUGGAAAAUAAUUAUGAGAUGGAUGUCCUUCAUCCACAAAAGGCUACAAUAAAAUC